AAUGACGUCGGUAAGUAGGCGAUGAGAAUAGAGCUCUUAAUGACUGUAAGCAGACGAUAGAUACACACAGCCAAUAUGUCGGUCCGAUAGAGCAUUUUAUAUUUUUAUAUUUUCUUAUUCAUAUUUGAAGAUUGGACGUAUCUGGCAACGUGAACAUAAAGGAGAUCAUACUUAAGACACAAAGAAAGUAAAGCGACAGUAAAAGAAAUCAUUGAGAGAGAUUUACCCAGCAUACAAACAUAUAUUGGAACAUUACUGAGAUUUAAAAAAUAAUACUGACAAUGCACGUGGAAGUUUCAGUGGCUCUCAAUUUUGUUAUAUCCUAUUUGUAUAACAAACUCCCAAGACGCAGAGUUGAUUCAUUUGGAGAGGAGCUUGAGAAGGGACUGAAGAAAAAAUUUGAAGGUCAUUGGUACCCAGAGUGCCCAUUCAAAGGGUCUGGAUUCCGUUGUUUUAUCGUGAGUGGUGAUAAGGCAGACCCAGUUAUAAAAGAGGCGGCGGAUGAGGUGGGUUUGGACUAUGAUGAAGUAAAGGACUACCUCCCCGAGGAUCUCACCAUCUGGAUUGAUCCAGCAGAGGUUUCAUACAGGAUUGGGGAGAAAGGUGUCGUUAAGGUGUUGUACUCAGACAGGGAUGAAUCCAGCAGGCUGGACGCUGAGCUACAGACGCCAGGCAGAUUUGGGACAGCGUUAGAGAGCCAACCUAAAACAAGAGGGUUCAACCCUGAAGCACAAAGUUUCAAACCUAUUGAUUCUCUAUCGUCUUCGAUGAAUAGCUUGAAUAUUUCUCCAUCGUCGCCGACCCCUCCUUCCGGCUGGCCAACUCCUUUAAACAUGACCACACCGUCAUACAACUCAACUUCUCCAGUAUCUCCCCCUGGCCCAUUUAAAACACAGCAGCUCUCUCCCCAAACCCAGAACCCCCUCGCCAAAUCAAAUUCUACGCCAAUGAUAACAGCAGCAAUGUUCGCUCAAACUAAAUUUGGUUCCACAAAAUUGAAGAGUGCGGCCAAACGUCCUACUCGGCUCUCCCCGACUGAAUUUAAUCAGAUGCGUUACCGAAGCGUUCCCACACACCCGUCCCCCCAGUCCCACUUCAAUCCCCUACAUAACCGCGCACACAGCCUCUCCCCCAGGGACCUGUCACCUAGGGACAUUUCACCCCGCUCAUUGAGACAGGAUUUCCUACUUGACCAACAACUGCAAUUACAACAGCGGUUCAUCAUGCAACAGCAACAACAGCAGCAACAAGCGUUGCAGCAGCAGAACGCGCUGAUGAACGGCAUGAUACAACAAGGAGACAUGUUUGCAUCUCCCCCGGGGCUCCAAAUCCCAGAUCUCUCGCCAAUACAGCAGCAUCAACCCGGAGGGCUACCGGGAUUGAAACUAGGUAUGAAAUCUCCAGGGUUGGCGUCACCAUCACUGGAAAAUAAUCAGCAAGGGGCUAAUCAACUUGGCUUGGGACAGGUUGGGCAGAUGUCGCCACGGGAGACAAUGCAAUACCCCAACAACUACCAGCACCUCCUAUUGGCGAGUUAA